CCGCGCAGGCACGCAUUGUACAUGUCAGUUACACUACAACAUUUCAUGUAGCUGGUCUCGAGUGCGAUUUUUUAAUUUUUUUAUUGUACUUUUUAAUCUGUGCGUGUUUUGUGUUAUCUGUGAUGGGUGCGUUGGAUUGCGUGAAUAAAGCAUCGCCGAGGGACAGCGGUGUGUUUACAGUUAAUAUGAAUUCGCAGACAUCACUGAAUGUUAACCAAAAGGACUUGGAGUCACAACUCAUUAAACCAAGUCGAUGCGGCAGCGACCACAGCAUAUGGUGGACUCUAUCUAUUGAUAUUCCUUUAUUAUUAUUAGUCCUGCUUCUCAUCGGUUUAUUCGAGUUUGGUAUAAUUCCUCACCACAAGAAUGGCUUCUACUGCAACGAUCCCGCACUGUCGCACAAAUUUACGGGAGAUACGGUGAAUUUUGAAGUCAUCGUGUCUACUGUCAUCCUGUGUCCUUUAGUUUUGGUGUUCAUAACGGAAUACAUCUUCCACACUUCAACAUACAGCUCGCAAACCAAGUUGCAACAUGUGACAAGGAACACGCUCCUGAUAUAUCGGAGCUACGCGUAUGGCCUGUUCUUUAACCUGGGCGUGAUUGAAGUGAUGAAGGGGCUGAUUGGUAACCCGAGGCCAACCUUCUUCGACAUCUGCGAGCCGGAUGCUGCUAAGACUUGUAAUGGAUCUGAAUAUGUCACCACAUACGAAUGCACUUCCACAAGAUUCUCAAAAUGGUACCAAAGCGACUCCUAUCACAGUUUUCCCUCGGGCCACACUUCCCUGUCCGUGUACUGUGGUCUAUUUAUGGCGUGGUACCUUCAAAAACGCGCCUUCGACUGGCAACACCGCACCGUGUUCCUCGUGCCCGUGAUACAGAUGACAUGUCUCACAUACGCCGCCAUUACGUCGCUUACCAGAAUAACUGACCAUAGACACCACUGGUGGGACGUCCUCACUGGCGCCGUGAUUGGUGUUGCCACCGUGAUAUAUACGGUUUUGGUACUCUGUAAUAACUUCAAAACAAUGUCAAACCUGGAGAACAACAAAGCCAUGACGGAGAGCCAACACACCGUGCAAACGUUAGUCUUCGAUGAGCGGCAACGAUCUUCUUUAUAAUUAUUAGAAGGGGACAAAAAUAUUUAUGUCAUCAGCAAAUUUAUGAGAUUAAUAAAUAAACGGGGGUCGUUUUAGAUCUCUGUAAGGUGAGAGUGCAAGACAAAUGGAAUUGCUACAAAAUGAUAAAAAAGCCUGGGAAUGAAUGCUGCUAUCGGAUUACCUUAUUCAAAUAUUUACUUCUUCUUAGCGUCUUCUUUUUUGUUUUUGUGGCAUGGAGAUAUGACUAUUUGUCAAUGUCAAAAACAUUACUAGUAUCUUUUUUGUUGUGGCAACACUAGCCUCUUUAUUUCAGUUUUCGAAUUUGUAAUAUACUCGUAUAUCAAAUAGGCAUUUUAUCAUUUGACACAUUUGUUAUU